GUCACCAAAACAACAUGGCGGACGCUCACUACAGAAGACAAGACCAGGAUCUCUCCACAACUAGUGAGAGUUCCGACCAACAAACCGCGAUAAACAUGGAACAGAACCUCGCCGACGAGAAGGGCGGGCUCAUGGACCUCUCCGGGGUGAAGUUAGAGCUGACCAGGCCUGACACAGCCCCGCCGGACGCGAGGUUGUACAACGGAGCCGAGGCCGAGGUGUCCUUCGCUGGUCCGGCGGGUCCGACCGCCGCCGCGCCCGAGACCAAACCCGUGAAGAUCGGAGGUGGAGGGGACAUUAGCGAGAACAUCGCCAGGGGGUUCUUCGCCUAUAGGCCUGGUGCGUUUGACCUUGCAGUAGAGACGACUAAGUCUGAGGUGGUGUUGCCUGAUGUUGAUGGUUCACUACGAGGAGCCUGGCUUCUCACCGAGAUUGACCACUGGGAUAGUGAAAAGGAACGACUAGUCCUGCUCACAGACAACUGUCUCCUUGUCGUCUUCUUCGACUUCGUUGCCUCAAAGAUUCACUCCUUCAAGCGCAUCGUCCUCAAGAACUUGACAAGCGUGAAGAUCGGACCGUUUGAGUACCCUCCAAACUCUCUUAUGCCCCGGCGUGCAGGUACGGGAGUCCAGCUUUACUGGAGCCGCGAGGAGGCGACAGCCGUGCAGAAGUGGAACCCGUUUAACCGCGACAUCCCCUACGCGAUCUUCUCCUCCCACCCGCUGAUCGAGCGGACCCUGCGAGACCCGGACGUGUACCGUGUAAGUACACUGGAGCCCCUGAAGGUUGAAACGUUCCACGUGGCCUUAGUGCAGGGCAGUCAGGCUGUCCGUGCCACACAGAGCCCAAACUCGCCGGCUCUAAACGUGGUGGAGGGACCCAUCCUGAUAGAGAGUUACGCCAGCCUCUGGUCGCUUAUCCACAACCAGAGCCGUCUGGGCUUCUCCAGAGAACGCGGUGGUGUCAGCUUCUAGGUGUUCUAAGCAGUGUACAAAAUACUUUUUUGAACCAGGUUGCUCAGUGUACAACCUACAGCAAAAAUUAGGUUGCCCAUCAGAAUUUUAGGUUGCC